CUGCGUCACUUCCCGCGGUCGCUCAUUUUGCAAGUCGCCGCAUUUUGCAGCCGACGCGGCCUGCCCCGCGGGCGCCCCGGCCCGGCGGCCGCGCCUCGCGCUUCGAUCGCAUGUGCCCGCGCUAACAUGCCCGUGUGUUCGAUUGUUUACCUUAGCACUAGUUGAUAGCCGAGGCUCUGGCAUGCUCAUGUGAGUACCAGUUGUCAACGCACGCGGCCGCACGUCUGAACCCUGCAUUGCGUCGUGCCAAUGCGUGCUGAUAUUUACUAACCCGUGUGCCAGAUUGUGAUGCGUUUUGUGGAUUGUCGGCAGUCGGACUGUGGUCGGCGAUUCGUGGUCUGUUCGCCGGGGUCUGGAUCGGUGUCGCGCGGCAGCCGCGCGGUUGGCGCGCGUCGUGGCGGCAUGCGGUAGCGCGAGCGCGCGGCCGAGCGGCGGGUCGGGUCCUGUGCGCUGUCGGCUAUGUGCCCCCCUUGCGCUACACUGGGUGGUGUUAGCCUAAGAUGGUGUUGGCGCUGGUGGUCGGACUCCUGUGCGUGUGGAGUCGCCUGAGCGUCGCCAACCCUGAUGCGAAGCGCUUGUACGACGACCUGCUGUCCAACUACAACCGACUGAUCCGGCCCGUCGGCAACAACUCGGACCGACUCACCGUCAAGAUGGGGCUACGGCUCAGUCAGCUUAUCGAUGUUAACCUUAAGAAUCAAAUCAUGACAACGAACGUUUGGGUAGAACAGGAGUGGAACGAUUACAAACUGAAGUGGAACCCGGAGGACUACGGUGACGUCAAAACUCUCCACGUGCCUUCUGAACACAUAUGGCUGCCAGACAUCGUGCUUUAUAACAACGCGGACGGUAACUACGAAGUGACGAUAAUGACGAAAGCCAUUCUACACUACGACGGCAAAGUGAUAUGGAAGCCCCCGGCCAUCUACAAGUCCUUCUGCGAGAUCGACGUGGAGUACUUCCCCUUUGAUGAGCAGACUUGCUUCAUGAAAUUCGGUAGUUGGAGCUACGACGGUUAUACGGUGGAUUUGAGGCAUCUGAAGCAAACACCAGACUCUGACGCGAUAGGAAUGGGCAUCGACUUGUCAGAAUACUAUAUAUCCGUGGAGUGGGACAUCAUGCGAGUGCCGGCCACCAGAAAUGAGAAGUUCUACUCCUGCUGCGAGGAGCCUUAUCCUGAUAUCAUAUUCAACCUAACCCUUAGAAGAAAAACCCUCUUCUACACGGUCAACCUCAUCAUCCCAUGCGUUGGGAUCUCCUUCCUCUCAGUCCUGGUCUUCUAUCUACCUUCCGACUCUGGAGAAAAGAUCUCACUCUGCAUAUCUAUCCUCCUCUCCUUGACCGUGUUCUUCUUACUGCUAGCAGAAAUAAUUCCCCCCACCUCACUCACUGUUCCACUUUUAGGAAAAUAUUUAUUGUUCACUAUGAUGCUAGUCACAUUAUCAGUAGUGGUCACUAUCGUGGUGCUGAACGUUAAUUUUAGGUCCCCGGUAACCCAUCAUAUGGCACCUUGGGUCCGGAAGGUCUUUAUAGAUUUUUUACCGAAAAUAUUAUGCAUACAAAGGCCGGAGAAGCCAGAAGACGAUGAUAACGAUAAGCCGACUGAGGUCCUCACCGAUGUAUUUGGUGGCGACGACCUAGACGGCAAGUUCAAAGAGUGGGGUUGCGAGGAGUACGAGCUGCCGGGGCUGCCGCCGUCGCCCCCUCCGCCCCCGGGUGGGGACGACGAACUCUUCUCCCCACCCCCUGGCUCGCCCUGCCACCUGGACCUGGACGCCGACACUCCCUCUCUAGAUAAACACUACGUGAGAGAGAUGGAAAAGACUAUAGAAGGCUCCAGGUUUAUUGCGCAACACGUCAAGAAUAAGGAUAAGUUUGAAAGUGUGGAGGAUGACUGGAAGUACGUGGCGAUGGUACUCGACAGGAUCUUCCUGUUCGCCUUCACGAUAGCGUGCGUGCUCGGCACCGCGCUCAUCAUCUUCCGCGCCCCCACCUUCUACGACAACUCCAAACCCAUCGACAUCCUCUACUCCAAGAUUGCCAAGAAGAAACUCGAGCUCCUAAGGAUGGGCUCCGAAAUGGACCCGGGCCUCUGAAAUUCGUCCUACGUCUUCGGCCACUCGCCGCCGAAGACGUUUUGGGAGCUGAUCGUGAUGUGGUGGCACGGAUGAUCGCAGUGAAGCUCCUAGCGAAUGUGAGGCGAGGACUCUGUGCUCAGUGAGUGUGGUGUGACGUACGCAGUGGAAACCGUCUUUUUAUAUGAACUCGAGGAGACUGUGUCCGUCGGAACGCACGGCGCGCGCCGUAGUGAAUCCGCCACAACUAUUUUUAUAUUAGAAUCGCUGUAUUGAUCGUAUAUACUGGAGCGAAUGUGUAAUUUUUGUAUGUUUUCAUCGGAAGGUUUCUUUUCCAGGAAUUAUUUGAUACGAGCGCACAAACAUUGUACAGAUAUAUUAAGGGAUUUAUAUUAAGUUCUCGCGAUAGAUUCGUUUAGUUAUCAGGACGUAAACGACGCUCUUAUUACUUACUAUAUAAGGUUCACUUCGGAUAAGUGGAGCUCAAUUUCGUAAGUUUAAGUAUUGUACGGGCUACGCAAAGUCGAUUAGCGGUUGGAGUAUUAAAUUAUAAAUUUUCAUGCAAACGUCCUCCAUGAGAACCGGACAUGUAGACACAUGUAUAUGUAAUGAUUGUGUAAUAAUUUGAAUUAUACAUAAUGUAUUUGAUAAACUAAGUACUCGCGUAACAAUCAUAAGGACAAUAUCGAUAAAAUGACGAAUGUAUUGAAUCUGUUAGGGUAAGGUUGUAGAUACGUUAGGGGUUAGGGAGCCGAGCCGCGCCGCGGCCGUCAUCGGCGCGCGUUGCUGCCAACCUAGCAUAGUCGACGGUGAUAUUAUUUAAAUAGAUAUUUAAACACAAUUGACUGCCAAUUGUAAAAUACAUUUUUAUAAAAAGUCGAUAUUCUUAGAUAGUUCGAUAAAUUAUUUGAUUAGAUUUUUUAAACAGAGUGCCAAACGCCAUCGCCAAUGUUUGAGGACAUGCCAAACUGACGUUCAUUUCUGCCGGUCCGUUUGCGUGACGGUUUGCUUGGAUACAUUAGUUUAACAUGUAUGAAACAGAUGCUUGCCCUUCAAACGACUGAACAUAUAGUUUGCUCGUACUUUCGUUCUAGGUCCGCGUUUCUAAUAAUCAUAGAGUACAGGGUAAACUUAGUACACAAUUUUCUUCCCUUGAUUUGUCUCACGAUCUUCACCGAUAGUAAUAUCUUGUACACUUAUCGGCACUUUACCUAACACUAUUAGAUAAUAGUCAUUGUUGAGGUUUGUGACAUUAGUCUGUAUGUAGUCCGUACUGUUCCUUUGUACUAGACUAGUAAGGUGUUUCUUUGAGUUACUUAGAUGCGUCUUUUCGGCGCGUCCCUAGUUACUUUAGUAGUCGUACGUCUAUUGGAACACUCUUGCGCGUAAUAAGCGUUUUACCUCACUUCGACCCAUUGUGUAGGGUUAGUAGCAGUCUAUAAUAAAAAAAAAUUUCGAGCCGCGUAUUUGAUAUGUCAAAGUAAUAAGAAUUAUAGAUAAAAUACUUAGAUAACUCAGAGUUAUUGAUAUAAAGGAAACCACAGCGAGCAGUUAGGAAAACAGGGAUGGUUAUAGUAAAAUUAUUCAAAUUGUUUUUGUGAUUCGUCUUCAUAUUUGUAAGUGUUAUUGAAUAUGUAUAGCAGUUCGUGUGGGCGAACGCUGUGGCUAGACUAAGACAUGAACGCGUGUACCGCCCGCGUCACACCGCAAGGCGGUACACGGAGGCAAGCAAACUGGUUUCACGAAGGAAUUCUCAAACGGAAUUGUUCGUCUACUAAUAAAAUAAACUAAUAAAAUAAUUUUCUUAUAAGACACAAUUCACACGUCGGUUUAUUGAAAGUAGGAAUGUGCUAUUGCACGCACCGAAACACACCAAUUUAGUAUUAUUAAUUACUAUUUAUCAAUAAUGAAUAAUUAAUUAAGACCACAGGCUUCCCACUGUUCCGUGAUCAUCUAAACUUUUAUUGUAGAUAAUUGCUAGAAAAGGACGGUCUGUUGUUAUUUUUAUAUGACUGCAAAUAAGUAAAACCUAGUUAGAUUUUCUAAACACCGUAGGCUAAAGUGUCGCGUGUUUGUACAUUGGAAGAUACAUUUGAUGAUGUAAAUAGUAUGUUGUCCGAGGAAUCUGGUCAAUAGAUAAAUGCAGUAAAUAGUGACGACGCAAGAAAUGGCUUUAAAUGUGGUCAAGGCAUAUUAAUAACCAAACUAGAACAGUACAUCGCCAACCCGGACGGGCAAAAUACCAGCCGUUGACGGGUUACAGAGGUAUCCGGAUUAUCAUCUGCAAUUGUUUAAGCUAUAUUAAACUCAUAACUUAGCAUAUAAAUAAAAGAUAUUGCAUUCAUAAAGCUAUGGGAAUAAAUUACUAACACUAGAAUAAAUUGUGAAAUUCUUCUGCUAUAUAUUUUUGCAUUUCGAAGGGACUGUUAGUCAGAGAAGAAAAUUCCUAAAUUUGUGACUAUCACGGCAGUGCGCCAUCAUCUUGAUCGGCCGGAUUACAAGGAUAACCGGGUUAGCGAAGGUACGGAUUAACGAAGCACUAAUAACAACUAAAAGCAUAAUAUGUCUCAUUUAGAUUGUCAUGACUGUUAUCAUUGGAUAAUGAUAAUCCAGUUUCUACAAAAACGCUCACAUACAUCAUGUAGUUUUAUCAUUUACAUAAUAUGCUUUUAGUUAUAUUCAAGUAAACACAUUUUGUUUCGUGUUAUUAAAAUGUCUAAAACCUGGACCACAUAGAGUCUAAACUGAAUGAGCUGAGCCUAUACAACGAUAAAUGACCCUAAUAUUUUGAAUGCGUGUUAUCUCUUUAGAUGUCUCAUUGUAUUGCCCACGUUCGCUCCGACCCCCGAGUAGACCCUGAGUAUCCUCCGGGUAUCCUAUGGGUAACUCCGCGGGUAAUCCCCGGACUUUUAAGACUAUAAGUUGUAUUUCGUCGAGGUUGUGUGAACAGCCUUCCCUGUCAUUCGUACCUCGGUUGUAGUAGUUGUCUUUAAGACCUAGUAGUCGUGUUAUAGUUUACCCUAUUUAACAGCUGCUACAUUCCAUUGCAAACAGGAUAAUACCUUAAUGUUAUUUGUUAUUAGGUUCCGGAUUUUUUACUUAUUAUUUACCACUUCUUAGAUAAAAAAAUUCACACCUUUCGAUUAAUAAUUGUAUUAAACUAACAUGUUGUGGCUUAAAAGUAGCAAAUCUCUUAACUCAAUCUGAAGGAGUUAAGGAAUUUAUCUCUUAUCUAAUAAUACCUUGAGUUCAAACUUGACCAUUCCGUUCGAAAAAGAUAAGAGGUUUGCUACUUUACAUGACGAUGUCUGAAAGUUAUUGAUCAGGUUGCAAAAAAAUCAAUGUCUUAAAAAAUAACUUUGCUCUCACACGCACUGGACUAAGCGCAAUAAUUUUUCACGGGUACGGGUAAAGAUAACCCCUUUUGACAACAUUGAAUAUUACGUUAUAUCUCUUCUUUGUUUCCCUAUUUAUUAUAUCUAUGUGAAAUACUUAUCGAAAUUAAUUUUCUUUUAAGAAAAUGAUUUUAAAGUAAACGAACUAAAUUCUCAAAUACAGAGUUACGUAACAUGAAAUUAAAUUAAGAUGGAGGCUUACUUUUGAAACGUAAUUAUUACAAAGUUUCAUACUCUGAGAAAUUAAAUUAGUCUAAGGGACUUCUUCGCUUAUUGUUAUUAAUUUCCAUAUAUAGGCCGCUUUAAGAGAAUAUCAACCUUCAUAAAAGUCGGUAAUGAAGUCUGCAAUCUUAUUUUAUAUUCAUUGUAUAAUGAUUCCAAUAACAUUUCAAUGAGAAAUACAUAAGCUUUACAGAUAAAUCCAAUUAAAGUUUUACUUUCCGUGUUUCUAACAGGUUUUUUUUUAUAUUACAGAUUUUUAAGUAUAAAUCUAAUUUGUAAGUAGUAAAAUUAUUUACGUCGCUUCUUUUUUCUAAAACGCAUUCUAAUCUAUUUUUUCUUGUUAAAUACUUAGCCGUCAU